UCCGCUAUUUUCUCUUAAGUCCUUUACUUUUUUGCUUUUAAAAUGUGGCAGAGAAUUAGAGUGCAUAAGCCAUAAUGUUAGAUUCAGACUCUGAUUCUCCUGUUCCCAACGAUAAAGAAGAUGAGGAAUUAGAAGGUGAGCCUUUCCUUACCGCGGGUGUAAGAAAAGGAAAACGUAACCCGAUUCACCACUAUUUUACAUACAACAAGCAAUCCAACAAAAGCAAAUGUGACACUGUGUUGUGUGGAGUCGAAUUAUCUGGUAAAAACACGACAAACUUGAUAAAUCACCUCAAGAAAUCUACCCACAAAAAGGAUUAUUUGAAGUAUUUGAAAGAUGUAUCAGACAAGAAGGAAACACCAAGUGAGAAAGCGAAGAAACAAAAUUUGUCGAAGAAUGAGAAACAUAAACAAGUAACACUUGAUCAGAUCGCUUUAAAAAGGAAAUACUAUUCCAACAAAUGUAAACAACAAAUCAUCCUUCGGAAGAAACUUGCAUUCUAUGCUGCUACUUCUUCUUUCCCCACAUCCCAAUGUGAAAACCAAGAUUUCAAUAACUACAUUCAUAAUUUGGAUCCACGACAUCGAUUACCAUGCCGACAACGACUUACAAAAGACAUUGUCGAACUAGCCAAGAAAGGUAGACUUCUCAUCAAAAAAAGAAUUCAUGCUGCCCUCACCAAACAAAUGGCCACCGCCGACAUUUGGUCCAAAAAAGGCCUAUCAUCAUCCUACUUAGGCGUUACUCUACAGUAUAUCAACACGGAUUACGCCAUUGAGAAAGUUGUUCUCGAAUUGGCUUCCUUUCCUCCACCCCAUGCUGGGAAUGCAGUGGCUGAACUUGUCCAAAAAGUCUUUCUCAAUUGGGACUUAAAAGUUCCCAUCAUAGUAACAGACAACGGAAGUAAUAUGAUUAAGGCGUUUAAACAUGUUAAAGCUAAUCAUGUCAAGGAAGUCAUUGAUAGUGUCGCUAUGAACUCAAUUGAUCAAGAGGAAGAAUCCGAGCCGAAUUUGUAUUCUGACAUGUCAGAUGUGGAACUUGAUUUUGCUGAAGUUGAAGAAGAAGACUUCUCUGAUGCUCUCGCGCAAGAUAUUAUUUCUUCGUCCUAGACAAGAGAUGAUAUUGAUUUACUCGACGAAAACGACGACAACACAACCAUUGAAAUCGAGAACGAUCAGGUAGAAUUCUUGCAAUUUGAGGUGCAAGUAACCCAGCAAUUGCAGGCCAUUUUUCCUCAACUACAUGGAGAAACUGACGAAGAGUACUUGAAAAGACUAUCUUGUAUCUCACAUAAACUUCAAUUAGUGAUGUCCACUUUUGACAAGUACAAAACCCAAAAAUCUUUCAGACCAUCAAACGAUGGAUCGCACAGAGCGCCAAACAUUCAAACCGUUCCUGCUUUCACCAACGUUAUCAAGCAAGCUAGAAAAUUGGUCAGCAAGACCAACACGUCUUCGGUGGCAACACCUGGUCUCAUAGCUCUUUCUGGUAAAGAAUUAUUGAGCGAUGUCUCAACCAGAUGGUCUUCAAACUAUUUAGUGUUUUCUCGCUUGUACGAGUUGCGCCAUUUUGUAAAUACCAUUUGUGAAGAAAUGGGCUGGGACAGUUUGUCGGUUACUUCUUGGAGAAUGUUGAAGAACAUCAUUGAUUUAUUGGAACCUUUUGCUGCCUUCACACAACUAGUAAGUGCGGAUAAGAACGCAACUUUUUCAUCAGCCUUUCUUUGUAUUGAGGAGUUGAAGCUCCACCUAGAAAAGUGUUCUGGCAUCACGGGUUUAAAUGGCGUGGCAACUGCUAUGCUGGAAGAUCUCAAAAGAAGAUUUAAUUUCAUGUCUGAUGAAAGAGAUCCUGAUUUUGACGGCUCCUACCUUCUAGCGACUUACCUCGACUGUAAUCACAGAAUUCACGUCAUUGAAGAUCUCAAUAUUCAGUCUCUCGUUGUUAAGCAUGUAGUAAACAUUGCCAAGCAAAUGGGGUUGCCGUACUCCGCUACUCCAACUCCAGGAACAGAGCCUCCUAUUAUUCCAACUUCUAGCGAUUCUACUCAAGCAUUAGAACAAGAAAAAGAAGAUACUGGCUACAACAACUUGAAUACGUCUUCUUUUCGUUUGUUAAUGAAAAAAAGAGCCACCAGAUUCUCAAAUGAAUUCUCAUCUCGCUCAUCAUCAGCCAUGUCUGGCAGUUCGACUUCUACUCAACUUGAUCCUGAUAUUCAACGUCCAAAUAUUGAAAAGGAACUUUUAGACUACUUGCUUUUUGCAAAUCACGAAUUUGAUCUUUCUAAGGAUCCACCAGUUCAAGAUGUGAUCUCUUACUGGAAGGAUUUGUCUGGUCGUUUUCCCUAUUUAUCCAAACUGGCCUUUAAUUUACUGGUUAUACCAGUGUCUUCUGCUUCAUCUGAACGUGAAUUUUAAAUUGCCGGAUGGCACUGCCUUGGACGCAAAAAUAGGACGGAGGAAGAAGUUCUAGCUGCAAAAGUCUUCCUCACAUGCAAUAGGGAUUUAUUGAGGCCUUUGCUUUUUUAAUUGGGAAUUUUUUCUUUGGUCUGUUUGUGUUUAUUUAUAAUCAGCAGUUUCUGUUUUUCUCCGUUUUCUUUCAUUGUUCAACACAGCAAUUUUCAA